AUGUGUCGACCCGGAUAAGAAAAUAUAAUAGAUCGACACCACAAUCUAAAAGGCCUCUCAAAAAAUUAUCAAAAUUAUCAAUAUUCUCACCUCUUCUCAAUAAAACUUUCUUUUUUUUUUUUGUUUUUGUUUUUUGAUCGACCGAACCAAAGAACCCAGAAAGUAAGAGAAAAAAUGAGUUCACCCAAAACUCUGAGGAAGCUGGAGGUGGUGUCUCCUGUUCCGGCAGACAUAGACAUUGCCAACUCCGUUGAGCCUUUCCACAUUUCUGAGAUUGCCAAAGAUCUCAAUCUCAGCCCACAUCAUUACGAUCUUUAUGGCAAAUACAAGGCCAAGGUUUUGUUAUCCGCGCUUGAUGAGCUUGAAGGAUCAGGAGAUGGGUAUUAUGUUGUGGUUGGAGGGAUUACUCCAACACCUCUUGGAGAAGGCAAGUCCACUACUACUGUUGGACUUUGUCAAGCAUUGGGUGCUUUUCUUCAUAAAAAAGUUGUCACAUGCCUCCGUCAACCAUCGCAAGGACCGACCUUUGGAAUCAAAGGAGGCGCAGCAGGAGGGGGUUACAGUCAAGUGAUCCCUAUGGAUGAGUUCAAUCUUCAUCUCACGGGAGACAUCCACGCAAUAACAGCCGCCAACAAUCUCUUGGCUGCAGCCAUUGAUACUCGAAUUUUCCAUGAGUCGACCCAAUCAGACAAGACUCUCUUGAAUCGGUUAUGCCCACCAAACAAAGAAGGGAAGCGCAGCUUUAGUGACAUCAUGUUUAGACGUUUGAAUAAGCUUGGUAUCUCCAAGACAAGGCCAGAGGAUCUUACACCUCAAGAAGUCAAAAAGUUUGCUAGGCUAGAUAUUGACCCAAGUUCAAUCACAUGGAGAAGAGUAAUGGAUGUAAACGAUCGGUUCUUGAGGAAGAUUUCUAUUGGGCAGGGCCCCGAAGAGAAAGGAACGGUGAGAGAAACAGGAUUUGAUAUUUCAGUUGCCAGUGAAAUAAUGGCAGUUUUGGCCCUUACAACGUCUUUAGCCGAUAUGCGGGAGCGGCUUGGAAAAAUGGUUAUUGGUAACAGCAAGGCUGGUGACCCUAUAACUGCGGAUGAUCUUGGUGUUGGAGGUGCUUUAACCGUUCUGAUGAAGGACGCCAUUAAUCCUACUCUAAUGCAGACUCUUGAAGGGACACCAGUUCUUGUUCAUGCUGGCCCUUUCGCCAAUAUUGCUCAUGGCAAUUCCUCAAUUGUGGCUGACAAGAUUGCACUGAAACUGGUUGGACCAGGUGGAUUUGUAGUCACUGAAGCAGGCUUUGGUGCUGAUAUUGGUACUGAAAAGUUCAUGAACAUAAAAUGCCGAUAUAGCGGUUUAACACCCCAGUGUGCAGUUAUUGUGGCAACAAUACUGGCCUUAAAAAUGCACGGGGGUGGUCCAGAAGUUGUUGCUGGAAAGCCUCUGGACCGUGCCUACUUGACUGAGAAUGUAGCUUUAGUUGAAGCGGGCUGUGUGAAUUUGGCCAGGCAUAUUGCAAACACAAAAGCUUAUGGAGUGAAUGUUGUUGUUGCUGUGAACAAGUUCUCAACUGACACCGAAGCAGAACUUAAUGCAGUCAGAAAUGCAGCAUUAGCAGCUGGAGCAUAUGAUGCUGUUAUUUGUACUCAUCAUGCUUAUGGUGGAAGAGGAGCGGUUGACCUUGGGGUUGCUGUUCAAAAGGGUUGUGAAGAUGUUGCACAACCAUUGAAGUUUUUAUAUCCUUUAGAUAUUAGUAUUAAAGAGAAGAUAGAGGCCAUAGCAAGGUCAUAUGGUGCUAGUGGAGUCGAAUACUCGGAACAGGCAGAGAAACAGAUUGAGAUGUACAGCAGGCAAGGGUUUUCAGGGUUACCUAUUUGCAUGGCAAAGACUCAAUAUUCAUUUUCACACAAUGCUGGUGAGAAGGGAGCCCCUAGCGGAUUCGCCUUACCAAUAAGGGAUGUGAGGGCUAGUAUUGGUGCAGGAUUCAUAUACCCUUUGGUUGGAUCAAUGAGUACUAUGCCGGGACUUCCGACAAGGCCGUGUUUCUAUGACAUUGACCUCGACACCACUACUGGAAAGGUUAUUGGUCUCUCUUGAAGGUCUCUGUAUUCGCCCUGUUCAGGCGCUUACUGUGGCAGCCGGUGGCCAAACUUAGGCUGACUUUCAGUACCCAGUAGUUAUGAUGCUUUUCUUUGAAAUUGUACUCUGCUCUUACGUACCCUGCAGCUUCCUGUGUAAUUGAUCUUGUGCAACCAAAUAAUGAAUUCUAAAAAUAAAAAAGAGUAUGUUUUAAGUUUGAAUGCCAUGAAUGAGAAGCCCAAGUUCACAAUUA